AUAAAUAUUUAUUAUUUCCUAUUAGCACAAAUGUCAACUAUGCAACUUUAUGUAUGGGGUCCUGCUUUGAAUGCACCCUCUAUAGAUCCAAAAUGUGUUGUUAUUGAGAGUUAUUUACGUUUAAUUCAGCAAAGUUAUACAAUUGUAAGAUGCAACGAUCCUCAACAAAGUCCAACAGGUGAACUUCCAUUACUUAAAAAUGGUUCAGCUUGGAUUGCUGGAGUAGAUCGUAUUUUAGCUCACUUGGCUCAUUGCAAUAAAGAUGCCAAUAAAAAUCUUCUUCCUGAGCAGAAAGCUGAAUACUUAGCUUAUUCAGCAUUAGUUCAAGAUAAACUUUAUGAUUGUAUGCUAUAUACUUGGUAUGCAGAUUCAACCAAUUUUGUUAAAAACAUUCGACCCACAUAUGCAAAGCUUUUAUCUUUUCCAGCUCGUUAUAUUGUACCUAUUCAAUUAAAAAAUAAUGCAAAAGCAAGACUAGCUAAAUAUAAUGUCGAAAUUACUGGCGAUGAUGUUGGAGCACCACAAAAUGAAAAAGAAGAGAUGAAAGAAUUAUUAAAAACAGGCUGGCAUCAUAUGUACAGAUUAGCUAGAGAAACAUAUGAUAUUCUACAAAAGCAACUAGAUAAUAAGAAUUAUAUGUUUAAUGAUAGCCCAACUACAUUAGAUUGUAUUGUAUUUGGAUAUCUUGCUUUACAUUUAUAUCCGGAAUUAGCUCAUAGACGUUUGCAACAUAUCUUAAUGAAUGAAUAUCCACAAUUAGUACAAUAUUGUAAUCGAAUUAGAGAUUUGUUAUUUACAUCAAAAGGAAAUGCGCAGGAAUCUGAGCCUGCUGAGGAUGUCCCAUCACUCUGGAAAACAUUUAAAAACAAUCCAGUUGGAUUUUUGGGUAGUAUUAAAGAUGAUAUUGUAUCAUAUAUGGGCACAAGUGAUAAGGAAAGUAAGAAAGAAAAAAGCCAAGUACAAAUUGAUUUUGAACGUAAGCGCAUCUGGUCAAUUGCAGGUGGCAUAACUUUCUUUUUAGCUUAUGUAAUUUAUAAUGGUAUUAUAAGUGUUGAACUAAACGAUGAAUCUUAUGAUUCAGAAGAGGAAGAAUAAAUUGUAAAAAAAAGAAAAAAAAAUACUAUUAUUAAAUAUAUUUUUAUUAAUAAAAUAAAAUAAAACGACCGAAAUGAACACAUAGUAAUAAAGUUUACUGUGCUGCUCAGGUCUGUUCCAAAAGACGAGGAGGAAAUAAAAAACUCACUUAAGAGGCAAGUAAAAGGAAGAAGAAAAGAAAAUAUUCUGUCUGUAUAGAAAGAAGUG